AUGAGUCUAGUGGGCGGCUUCCCCCACCACCCGGUGGUGCACCAUGAGGGCUACCCUUUCGCCGCCGCCGCCGCUGCUGCUGCCGCCGCCGCCGCCACCCGUUGCGGCCACGAGGAGAACCCCUACUUCCACGGCUGGCUCAUCAGCAGCCACCCGGAGAUGUCCCCCCCCGACUACAGCAUGGCUCUGUCCUACAGCCCCGAGUACGCCAACGGGGCGCCGGGUAUGGACCACUCCCAUUACGGGGGGGUGCCGCCUGGGAACGGCCCGCCCGGGCUCGGGGGGCCCCGGCCGGUGAAGCGCAGGGGCACGGCGAACCGCAAGGAGCGGCGCAGGACUCAGAGCAUCAACAGCGCGUUCGCGGAGCUGCGGGAGUGCAUCCCUAACGUGCCCGCCGACACCAAGCUCUCCAAGAUCAAAACCCUCCGCCUGGCCACCAGCUACAUCGCCUACCUCAUGGACCUGCUGGCGAAGGAUGACCAGAACGGGGAGGCGGAGGCCUUCAAGGCAGAGAUCAAGAAGACAGACGUGAAGGAGGAGAAGAGGAAGAAAGAACUGAACGAAAUCUUGAAAAGCACAGUUAGCAGCAACGAUAAGAAAACUAAAGGAAGAACUGGCUGGCCGCAGCAUGUCUGGGCUUUGGAGCUCAAGCAAUGA